GUCAUCUAUUGGUAGAAUUGCUUUGGAUUGGCUGUUGAGCUUGACAUCACUUUCUUCCCUUAGUGUCGUAGUUGAAACUUUUUGGUGGACCUAUUUUACGAAAAAUUUAUUACCUAGUUAUCGUGGAGUCUCAACGAAAACGACAGAAAACAAAGAUUCAAGGCAUGGCAAAUGUGUCACGUUCGAAGCUGCGUCUUAUGACAGACUUGAAAUUGAUGAAACAGGAACCACCUGAGGGUUGUAGUGCUAGUCCAUUAAGUGACGAUAACCUUUUUGUGUGGGGUGCCACUAUUUUCGGUCCACCAGAUACCGCCUGGGAGGGAGGAAUUUAUACUUUGCGACUGACUUUUAGUGAAGAAUAUCCAGACAAACCGCCAAGAGUGCGUUUUACGUGUGAUAUGUUCCACCCAAAUGUUUAUCAGGAUGGCACACUAUGUUUGGACAUAAUUCAGGACCACUGGUCACCGAUUUACACAGUCAAUACAAUUCUGACGUCCAUACAGUCGCUUUUAACCGAUCCGAAUCCCGCAAGUCCAGCGAAUCCUGAAGCGGCUCAUCUAUUUACCACCAAUAAAGAAGCUUACAAACAAAAAGUGAGAAAGAUAGCGCAGAGGAGUGUGGAAUGUUGAGUUCUUCGUUGAUAUUUGACGUUUUGCAAGCAUCAUAGUCAUUUGUUGUUUUUGAAGACUUCAUGUUUCACAUAGUCUUUUGACUGACUCUUUUGGUACUACAUGAAAUGUAAAUACUUUUAUUCCAAAUCAGAUUCUUUUUUCAUGUUCAUUUGUGGCGGAUGAAUUGUCGGUAUUGCUAACUCUCUCAUGCUUUCUUCAAUGAAAAUUACAAGAUUAGAACAACUCCACUCAAAUAUACUAGCAAAGUUUAGCAAAAGAUGAAGUCACUGGCAACUUCAUGUCUGUCACUUUACAAGAGAUGUCAAUCUCCUAACAUGAGCAAAGACGAGCAACCCCAAAGAGCCUUCAACAUUUUCAAGACGACUGACGAACGAAAUAAUAGUGACAUAGAUAUUUAGACUUCGACAUUAUUCCAAUAGAUUGUCUUUUGUCUUCUUCUCGUCCAAAGUGGCCAUGUCAAGCAAAGGUAGCUUCCAUAACAUACUCCUACAUAGAGUAGUAUAGAUGCUACACAAACUCGUUGCGACUCAUGGUCAGAUGUUUCGUUAUUGAUCGACACUAACCUGGUGUCUCUGGCUCCAGUAGCGUUCAUUAAUAAAACCAAGUGCGUCAGU